AUGGACGACGACGGAGCGUUGUGCACCUUGGGUAUUGGCUACGCUGCCCCGUCGGACAAGUACAAGGUGGUCCGCCUCAUGGCCACUAUCAGUCAUGGUCAUCCGCUGGUGCACACCUGCUGGGUUCUCGCGUUGGAAGACGGCGCCAAAGGGUGGAGGCGGAUGCAAUCACCACCAAUUGCAAGCUAUUUCGGCCUCCACAAAAACUCUACGGUCACCAUAGAUGGUGUGCUCUACUUCCUUUACAGCUUGUUGCGUGGGGACUAUGUCCUCCGCCUUGACCUCGAGACCGAGCAAUGGAAGAGGUCCAUCAAAGCCCCAGAGAUGAGAUAUACAACGCCUCAUAUGGUCGAGCUCAACGGCACCCUUUCCAUGGUUCAAUCGGAGGGACGCGGGACCAAACAUGGUUGCACGACCAUAUGGCUCCUGUCUGAUUUGGCCAAGGGCACCUGGGUCAAGGCGUACAUGAUCCCGAUGCCUGAAACAGUUGAUCUGGUGAUCCCUCUAAAGGUGAUGCGUCAUGGUGGAAAGCUAAUGUUCUAUUACAGCUAUUACUUACUUAGUGACAAAGCAACUCCGACGCUACAAGUCUAUGAUCCGCUCAAUGAAACAUGCACACACCUGGCAGAUCUUCCGGGGAACCAAUUGGCUGACGUUGGUUUUUGCGACCUGCACUUGGAAUGUUAUGUACGUCCCACCUAAGGUCUCACCGGCGGCUGCAACGGUUGAAUCGACUCUCAUUUGUGAGUGUUUUUGGACAAACCAAAUAAUGGGUUUGAUGUUUUCGUUGUCAGAUGCUUGGAACAACAUGAAGAUGCGAAGAGCAGAGACGACGAUUU